UUACAUUCUUGUGAAAGGUCGUUAUAUUACCAAUUAACGCUAUACGAAUGCAGGGCACUAUUUAAUUGGCGCUUGAAGUAAAGCCACUGCCGCAGUCAGCCAGCAGCGGGUGGGCUUUGCAUUUAUUUCGAGUAUAGGUUGGUCUGGGGCGAGGGUUGGCGGAUGGGCUGCGGAAGAGUCGCGAUGGUAGGCCGGCGGGGCAGAGAUAGGGGCAAGCAGGACAAGGACAACAGUUCGGCGUUGGGGCUGCGCUUGCUACCCUUGGCCCGCAAGCUCGCCUACUUUGACGGUGAGUUCGAGCGGCUGCAGCGGGAGCGGCGGCUGCCUGCGUCGCGCUCGGAGCGCCUGCGGGUGUUGGAGCCGCUGCUGCGCUGCGGGGCCUGUCCUUCCCCCGGCCCGAACGGCGACUGCAGCUUAGUGCUGGCCGCCGGCGUCCUGCUGCUCCUUCUCCUGCCCAGCUGCCUCCUUCUCUGCGGAGGCCCAGCCGCCCGUUUCCUCAGCUUCUGCGGCCGUGUCCUGCUCAUUCAGUUGCUGCCUUAUUGGGAUUGGACAUUGUACUCCAACACAGACUGCCUGAUUAGGAACCCUUAUUACUUUGCGAGGGGCCUUGAGUCCUUGCAACUCACAGACUGCAUCAAUGUAUGCCAGAAAUACCCAACAGUGGAAUCUCUGCAGAAAGUGGAUCCAAAGGUUGUUCUUCAAAAGUAUCUGCGUCAGAAUCUACCCCUUGUAGUAACAGAUGGGGCUGAAGAAUGGGUUGCCAUGAGAGAGUUCACUGUGCCAUUUCUAACUCAGUUAUUCAGUGGACAUCCAGUGCUGCAAAACACAAUUGUGUGCAGUUACUGGGACUCUCAUGACUCUCUGGAGAAAAGCCCAGGUGCUUUCUUAGAAAAGGUCCAUCAUCAAAGGCUUUCCCAGUGGGCAAUUCAGUGGAAGAAUUGUAACAAAGCAGCAGCUAAGGUGAUCCGUGGGUUCUAUCAGCGACCUUACUUCCUCCCUUCAGUGGUGGAAUUAUCAGAAUCCAACUGGCUGCUAAUGGCCUCACAAGCAGGAGAUGGUGGCGCAGGGAAUAUUUUUGUAAAGAUGGGAGAUCACGAUGGGGACUUGCUGAUGUGGAUCGCUCAGCUUCAAGGAGUUUUUGAGGUUCAGCUCCUACCCAGGGAUAUAUGUGCAAGCAACUGUACCCAUUAUACAAUGCAGCUUUCACCUGGACUGACAGUUGCUGUACCACUGAGGAUGUGGGAGGUUCAGUAUCGUGCUUUCAGUUCCACUGCCAUUGGACUUGCUGCAACCGGAAACUGGCUUCAAGACUCCAGUAUUGGCAGUAAAGGAGAAAAAACAAAUCCAUUUCCAAUAAACACAGAGGAAUGCAGGUGAAAUGUUACUGAUUUCUAGAGUGAUGUGUAUCUUGUCUAGAAGCUAGAAGAAGCAUUAUGGAUGUUUAUGGGGGUGUUGAAGGGAAUAGUGUAGUUCUUGGUGGGAUGGAUAAAAAGAACAAUGCCAUCAUAUAGAGGUGGUCAAGAGCUUAAAUCUCAACAGGAAGAAUGUUGGCUGUAGACUGCUGUAUAGAAUAGGGGCCAUUGAUCUCUGCAGGAAGUAAUGCGAUAUAUUCUUCCGUUUGGUGGAAGGGAAAAGGACUUCAAAUACACUUCACAAAGGGGAGAGAAUUAUCAGGAAGAGGAGAGCUGUAUAUCCCUGCAGGAAGGAGGAGGAGACUGUACAUCUCUUCAAGGAAUGUGAGAAGAAAGAUGGUUGUAGAUCUCUUAAAAAGAGCCACUUUUUUUUAAAAAAGGUUGAAUGUCAUUAAACUCUGGGUUUUGAUUAAAUCACUAAUUUGCUAUAUGGUGGUUGAGGAAGAAUUGGUUUGAAGUAGUGAAAGUUCAAGAUGUGCAAUGAAACUGGUUGAUUCAGGGUAUAAAAUUUUUCUUGUGUCUUGAAAUUAGGAAAUGCAACUUCAGCUGUGAGGAAAGGUUAAAAUAAAAAUUAAAAAGUGAAAAUCUAAGUAUAAACAAAAUGUACAUUUAUGAAUUGGCCAUUAGUUACAAAGUGAGUGUUUUGAUUAUGAGAAAAUGACUUGGUACAGAACUUCAUUGAAAUAAACAUUUUAUUAAAUGACUCCAACACUAAUGUUUAUGAUUGAGUAUAAGACAAGUUUGCUGCUCAGCUUUGAUCCCUUUGCUGUGAUGAUAGUCUAGAUCCCAAUGUGCAAAGAAUCUAAUCAGUUGUGUAAUGUAAAAGGGAUUCUGAUUUCUGCCUAUGAAGUCAUAAACAUUUCAUGGAUUAAACCUGUGAAUGAAAUACAGUGGUUUGCUAAGCAGAACUUUGGUAAAAUUCCAGUUUUCGACCAACCUUAAUUUUAUUUGCCCUGUGAUUGUCAAAAGGCGAAUAUAAAAUUGCUAUGUUGGAAAAAUUGUAAAAUAAUGUGCUUUUAUGUUUAGAACAAUUGUUGAACUAUGCUACAUUCUGUUAUUGAGAAUUCCGUGCUGAAAAUAAACUUGACAAUAGAACA